UGAGUUCCAUGGCUACGCCUAAAAAGCUUCACAUAACCAUGUUUCCAUGGCUAGCCUUUGGUCACAUGCUCCCCUUCUUUGAGUUAGCCAAGCACGUUGCUGGGAAGGAUCACAAAGUCUUUUUCAUAUCAACUCCUAACAACAUCAAACGCUUGCCAAAAAUCCCUCCAAAUUUAUCACCAUUCAUGAACUUCGUCUCCCUCAUUUUACCCCCUCAAGAUAAUCUCCCUCAAGACGCAGAAGCCACCACUGACUUGCCAUUUUCCAAAGUUCAAUACCUCAAAAUGUCCUAUGAUAAACUCCAGGAUUCUUUAACUCAGUUUCUACAAACUUGUACUCCUGAUUGGAUCAUUUACGAUGUCUUCUCUUAUUGGUUACCACCAAUAGCUGCCAAUCUUGGCAUCUCUUGCGCCUACUUCAGUAUCUUCCCAGCUUGGUCAAAAUGUUUCUUCGGAUCAUCAACAACCGCAAUGAUCAACGGCGAGGAUCCAAGGACUAAGCCGGAAGAUUACACUGUUCCUCCGAAUUGGGUACCGUUUCAUUCCGAGAUAGCAUUUCGCCUCCACGAGGCGAAGAAACUGUUCGUUCAUCUUAAAGAAGACGAUUCGGGAGUGAGCGACUUGUUUCGUUUCGGAUCGGCGAUAGCUGGUUGUGAUGUGAUAGCUAUUAAGAGCUGCAUGGAGCUAGAAUCGGAAUGGUUAAACCUCAUGGGAGAGCUUCAUGGUAAACCAAUUGUAUCCGUCGGCCUAUUACCGCCCUCGGAUAAAGAUAACAGAGAAAAUGUAACUGAGCAUAAUUCUUGGCUUAUAAUCAGCGAGUGGCUGGACAAACAAAAAGCAGGUUCUGUGGUUUAUGUAGCUUUAGGAAGCGAGAUAAAUCCAAGUCAAGAAGACCUCACUGAGUUGGCUCGAGGGCUAGAGCUAUCCGGAUUACCCUUCCUUUGGUGUCUGAGAAGGCAGCACAAUCCGGUGGAGCUUCCGGAUGGGUUCGAGGAGAGAGUCGAGGGCCGCGGAGUGGUGUGGACGAGUUGGGCACCUCAACUGAAGAUAUUAUCUCAUGAAUCGGUGGGAGCGUUCUUGACUCAUUGUGGGCUAAACUCAAUUAUCGAGGCACUCCAUUAUGGGCGUCCAUUGGUUUUGCUACCUUUUGUGAUGGAUCAUGGAUUAGUUUCAAGAGUUUUUGCGGAGAAGAAAGCGGGGAUAGAAAUAGAGAGAAAUGAAGAAGACGGGGUGUAUUCGAGGAAGUCGGUGGCGGAGACAUUGAGGAUGGUGAUAGUCGAAGAAGAAGGAAGAGUUUACAGGGAUAAAGCCAAGGAAAUGAGGAUUAUAAUUGCUGAUAAGGAACUUCAGAAUCAAUAUGCAGACAAUUUUGUUGAGUUCCUUCAGAAUUAUAGACAAAUUUCUAAGUAUUGAAAUUACAUUUUAGGUUAAUUAAAUAAAGCUAAUAAAUCAACAUGUCAUCU